CCUGGUCAGGACUUAAAAGACGGCAGGAACCGUGCGAUGGGCUUGUACAGCUGAGGUCUGGCAGCCAUUGACGUCAAACUUUCAGGCACUGGGCCUCACGGAUUUCUCCGCAGCGUCGUAGAGACGGGAUAAGGCCCUUCAGAGUACUUGGGCGCAGCUACCCUAGAAGACGUAGGAAGCAAUCCCGUGUUGGAGACUAUAGGUUUGGAUUAAGAGAAACAGGACUGUCACAAAUCAUUGUCUUCAGUGCAGUUGAGUGAGCCUGCAACACGAGACUGAAAAUGACAGCUCAGAAUAUUCCUGAGGAAGCACUACCGUGUGACGUGGAAAUGGAAGGAUUUAUAAGAAAGGAUCCCCAUUUCACCAUCGCAGCUGACAGGUGGGACUCUCAGAACUGGGAGGGACACCUGAGACAAUUAGCUUUAACUCGGGAAAAGCCUGGGGCUCAGGAAGCAGUUUGUGAGUAUCCUGGACUUGGGAGGCCUUUGAGUGCCAGCUCUGACCUUCCAACAUCUCGGAGGAUUCCUGCAACAAAUGGUUUCCAUGUACAUGACUCAGAGGUUAUGCGUUUGGAUUGUGACCCAGCUUUACAUGGUUCUCAGAGAAGUUGUGUAGCUACAAGAACUGGUGACAGUGUUGCCCAUGAGAAAGCCUUCUGCCAUUCCAUGGAAGUGAUUCAACAACUGGGCAGAAAUCCAAUGAGAGAGAAGCUCUAUAAAUACCCUGAAAGUGUGGAGUCUUUCAGCCAUUUUACCCCUCUUGGUGAACACAAGAUAACAAAGAGAGGGAAGAAACUGUAUGAAGGCAAGGACUUGGGGGACAUCUUUACCUUGACUUCAUCUCUUAAUGAAAGCAGGAGGAGUCACCCCGGGGAGAAGCUGUAUAAAUGUAUGGAAUGUGGCAAGUGCUUCAAACGGAACUCUUCUCUCAUUUUGCAUCACCGCACUCACACUGGAGAGAAACCUUACACAUGUAACGAGUGUGGAAAAUCCUUCUCCAAGAACUAUAACUUGAUUGUGCAUCAAAGAAUCCACACAGGAGAGAAGCCCUACAAAUGCAGUAAGUGUGGGAAAGCCUUCAGCGAUGGGUCAGCUCUGACACAACACCAGAGAAUUCACACCGGGGAGAAACCUUACGAAUGCCUAGAAUGUGGAAAAACCUUCAACCGAAACUCAUCCCUGAUUUUGCAUCAAAGAACUCAUACGGGGGAAAAACCAUACCGAUGUAACGAGUGCGGGAAGCCUUUCACAGACAUCUCCCACCUCACCGUGCAUCUCAGGAUCCACACUGGGGAGAAGCCCUAUGAAUGUAGCAGGUGUGGAAAGGCUUUCCGGGAUGGCUCGUACCUCACCCAACACGAGAGGACUCACACCGGAGAGAAGCCCUUUGAAUGUGUGGAGUGUGGAAAGUCCUUCAACCGUAACUCUCACCUCAUCGUGCACCAGAAAAUCCAUUCUGGGGAGAAGCCCUACGAGUGUCAAGAGUGUGGGAAGACGUUCAUCGAGAGUGCUUACCUCAUCAGGCACCAGAGAAUUCACACUGGCGAGAAGCCCUAUGGCUGUGACCAGUGUCAGAAGCUUUUCAGGAACAUCGCUGGCCUCAUCCGGCACCAGAGGACUCAUACUGGGGAGAAGCCCUACGAGUGUAGUCGGUGUGGCAAAGCCUUCAGGGACAGCUCCUGCCUGACCAAGCACCAGAGAAUUCACACCAAGGAGACCCCGUACCAGUGUCCAGAGUGUGGGAAGUCCUUCAAACAGAACUCUCACCUUGCAGUACAUCAGAGACUCCACAGCAGGGAGGGUCCCAGCCAGUGUCCUCAGUGUGGGAAAAUGUUCAGAAGGAGCUCAGCCCUGGUCCGACAUCAGAGGACACACCCUGGGGAGCAGCCCGUGGAAGCAUAAUGGGUGUGGGCACACUCGUUUCCUGCGUGCCCUCGGAAACCUGUGCGAGCGAGGGGUGUCUUCCAGGGUGACUCCUCCCAGUCAGUGCAAAAUAAUUUUUUUUUAAAAUUUGAGUGAUGAAAUCUUUGUGUGUGUGUGUGUUUUUAAUUUAUUGAUUUUU